UGGGUCCACACCGUCAGUGUCUUACUCCCACACCCGUCAGCAUUUCCAAGCGAAAACCCUCUCGCAUCUAAACCCUUCCCCCACCUCUCCCGCGGAUCACUCGCCGCCGCCGCCGCCGCCGCCGCCGGACACCGCCGCCGCCGUGAUGCUGUCCCUGUCGAGGGCUCUCGGGCGGCGGCUCUUCUCCUCCGCCGCGGCGGCGUCCGAGUCCGCCGCGGCCGCGUCGACGUCGGCGGUGAGGAAGGCGCAGAACCCUCUCGAGGAGUUCUUCGAGGUCGAUCGGAGCACCGAGGAGGACAAGCCCCGUCCCCACUACGGUCGUAGUUGGAAGGCUUCUGAAUUGCGCCUAAAAUCUUGGGAUGAUCUUCAGAAGCUUUGGUAUGUUCUUAUGAAGGAAAAGAACAUGCUUAUGACCCAGCGACAGAUGCUGCAUGCAGAGAACUUGCGUUUUCCAAAUCCAGAGCGUAUUUCCAAGGUGAAGAAAUCAAUGUGCCGGAUAAAGCAUGUCUUGACUGAGAGGGCCAUAGCUGAGCCUGACCCAAGGAGGUCAGCAGAAAUGAAGCGGAUGAUCAACGCCCUCUGAUUCACUCACAUGCUUUCCUGUGAGUGAGACUAAAGGUUGAAAGGAUAAGUAGCACUUAGAAAGAUUUACUUGGUUGUGUUGUAUGUUUCUAUCCUAUAAGACGCGUAAGACCAAAAUCCUUUUUUUCAUGACCCUGGUACGCCUGCAACCCGCCUUGCUGACAUUAACAUCUCGGUUCCAAUAAUUGAGCUUUAUGUAAUGUGAUAUUGAUACACAUUUCACAUUUGUGCCUCAUUUUUGCUGUCAAUGCAACUGCUCAUUUGAGCAGCAGUCCUUAAGCGUAUUCC